CGCAUCUUCUGAGAGCUGCCCAACAUAGUGCCUGAUCGCCUUCAAAUGUUUAAUUUGUGGUGACUGGAUUUAAUUAAAUUCGCGAUAAAAUGUAUUAGCAACUCUCAUUAUGUACAGACCGCUUUCGGUUGUUUAGUAUUGCUGUUUUUGAUCUAGAUUCUUACGUUGUUUUGGGCUUUUCUCGCGGGCAGCCCGAGUGUUUUGGCGUCGGAUAAACAUGGCGGAGCUGAAGGACUGUGCUGAACUGAAGGUUAUCUUGAAGAUCAUCAGCUCAUAGAGAUCCAGAGAGAGUUCAGAGUCUGUCAGAGUUGAUGAUUCAGCAGGAGAAGCCGUUGGCGGGCAGCAUGCCGGUGGUUUGGCCCACGCUGCUCGACCUCAGCAGAGAUGAAUGCAAACGGAUCCUGCGUAAACUGGAGCUCGAAGCGUACGCCGGUGUGAUCAGCGCCCUUCGAGCUCAAGGAGAUCUCACUAAAGACAAGAAGGAGCUGCUGGGAGAACUGACUCGAGUGCUGAGUAUCUCCACAGAGCGUCAUCGAGCCGAGGUGCGCAGAGCCGUCAAUGAUGAGCGUCUGAACACCAUCGCCUAUCACAUGUCGGGGCCGAACAGCUCGUCUGAGUGGUCGAUCGAGGGCCGUCGGCUGGUUCCUCUCAUGCCCAGACUGGUUCCUCAGACGGCCUUCACGGUGACGGCUAAUGCAGUGGCUAACGCUACAGCGCACCAGAACGCCUCGCUGCUGCUGCCCGCCGAAACCGCCAACAAAGAAGUGGUUGUGUGUUACUCGUACACCAGCACGAGCUCCACUCCUCCCAGCGCCUCAGCUCCCAGCAGCAGCGCAGCAGCGGCCGUCAAAUCCCCUCGACCCGCCAGUCCCGCCUCCAAUGUGGUGGUGCUGCCCAGCGGGAGUACGGUCUACGUCAAGAGCGUGAGCUGCUCCGAUGAGGACGAGAAACCUCGUAAGAGACGGAGGACCAAUUCUUCAAGCUCCUCCCCCGUGCUGCUGAAGGAGGUGCCUAAAGUGGCCACGCCCACCAUUUCCAAAACCAUCACGGUCCCCGUGAGCGGCAGCCCGAAGAUGAGCAACCUGAUGCAGAGCAUCGCCAACUCGCUCCCGCCGCACAUGUCUCCAGUGAAGAUCACCUUCACCAAACCCUCCACCCAGACCACCAACACCACCACGCAGAAGGUGAUAAUCGUCACCACGUCUCCCAGCUCCAACUUCGUGCCAAACAUCUUGUCCAAGUCUCACAACUACGCGGCCGUGUCUAAGCUGGUGUCGAGCGCGGCGCUCACUGCGUCCAAUCAGAAGCAGACCAUGGUGAUAUCCAGCGCGGCCCCGGGGCCCAGUCCUGUCGCCGUGACGACCGUGGUGUCCUCCACCCCGUCAGUGGUGAUGUCAACCAUCGCACAGGGUGGCUCGUCCACUGCAGUGAAGGUGGCCUCCACCCGUCUGCCGUCACCGAAGGCUCUGGUCGGCUCUCCGUCUCAGAUCCUGCAGAUUCCCAAAGCGCAGCAGCAGUCGGCAGUUCAGUCUGCGUCUCCUAAAGCUCUGCAGGCGUCCAUCUCCUCUCAGAGCGCCGGCGCGGCCCCCGGGGCCAAACCCACCAUUCAGAUCAAACAGGAGUCCGGUGUGAAGAUCAUCACGCAGCAGAUGCAGCCCAGUAAGAUCUUACCCAAGCCCUCCGGUGCUGCGCUGCCCAGCAGUAGCUCCGCCCCCAUCAUGGUGGUCAGCAGCAACGGAGCCAUCAUGACCACCAAACUGGUGUCCAAUCCCACAGGCACUCAGGCCACGUACACACGGCCGUCCGUCAGCCCUGCCAUCGGCGCUCGCGUGGCCACUUCCCCCGCCGGAGCCACGUACGUCAAGACCACGAGCGGCAGCAUCAUCACGGUUGUGCCCAAGUCUCUAGCCACACUGGGAGGGAAAAUCAUCACCAGCAACAUGGUGUCGGGAACCACCACUAAGAUCACCACCAUCCCCAUGACGUCUAAACCCAAUGUGAUCGUGGUGCAGAAAACCACCGGCAAAGGAACCACCAUCCAGGGUCUGCCGGGGAAGAACGUGGUCACGACGCUGCUGAACGCAGGGGUGAGGUCACAUGGCCCUCAUGUGAUGCGUGCGGGUGAUGAUGCGGCGCUGACGAUGCUGUGUGUGUUUCAGGGAGAGAAGAGCCUGCAGGCGGUGUCCGGAGCCAAGCCCGCCAUCAUCACCGCCUCACGGCCCAUCACCAAAAUGAUCGUGACGCAGCCCAAGAGCCUCGGCGCGGGCGUCCAGCCGACCACCGCCACCAAAAUCAUCCCAACUAAGAUUGUCUACGGACAGCAGGGAAAAACACAGGUGCUGAUCAAGCCCAAGCCCAUGGCCUUUCAGACAGCGGUGGUGAGCGAACAGGCCCGUCAGCUGGUCAGCGAGACGCUGCAGCAGGUCUCUCGCAGUGCUGAAUCCGCCGCCGGCUCCGCUCAGGAGGGGGCGCUCAAGGACGACUCAGCCUCGUUCACAGAGGGCAGCCCGGUGCCGUCCGACAGCACUCACGACUCUCAGCCGGUUGUGCACGUCAUCACCUCCAGAGGGCAGGACUGGACAGAGCAGGAAGUUGCAGUGGAAGCAAGUCCCACCAUCAUUUACCAGGACGUGACAGGAGAGUCUCAGUCGGCCACUUCCACCAUCAAAGCACUGCUGGAGCUGCAGCAGACCAGCGUGAAGGAGAAGAGCGACACCAAACCACGACAGCACACCAUCGACCUGAGUCAGAUGGCAGUGCCGAUUCCAGCGGCCACAGAGAGGAGACAGUCGCCGGAGCCGUCGGGUCAGACCGCCGGAGAGACGGACACAGUCACUGAAUACAUCCCUAUCGUUUCAGGUAAAGUGUGUAAAGCUGUGAUUGGAGGAGAAGUCACUGCGUCCAGCAGCCAGAAUCAGUCCACUUCCUGUCCGCCACCAGCAGCGCCGGCUACAGCCAAGAGCAGCACCGCCGCGCCUGGAGCCGCCACACAACAGGUGGAGGGGAAGCCGCUGCAGGAGCAGAUGCUGGUGGAGGAGGGCGAGUUCGAGGGCGACACUUUGGACCCUCAGACGGGUCUGUUCUACCGCUCCUCCCAGCAGCACCUCAGCAAGCCUGCGGCCGGCCCGUCCGAGACGCCCACUUCCUCUAAGAGAGCGGAGCCGGUAUCGGCCAGACCCUCCGUACAGAGAGCAUCUGCGUCGCCCUCUGCUGGCCCUCCGCCCGCGGCGCCGCCCGCCUCCUCCAACCCUCCGCACACACCGCAGCUGCCCCGACUGCAGCAGGCGCCCACCUCACACAACCGGCCCAACACACACACGCAGCUGUCGCAGCCGCCGCCGCUGCAGGCGCAUCACCCCGUGGGCUCCGGGAAGACGGCCGGCUGCAGCGGUCAGGUGCAGCAGCCAAUCAUAACGCAGGGCGCCACCGUCACCAAGAUCACGUUCGGCAGCCAUCACCAGUGUCCGCCCGUGUCCAGCAGCGGCGAGGCGUCCGUCAAGCUCCAGCCGGAGUCCAGCUCCAGUGCGCCGGCGGCGGAGAAACCGUCCGUCUCCGACAUCCUGAAGAUCUCCAUGAUGGAGGCGGAGAUCGACCCCGGCGCCGAGCCCAUGGUGGUGGACUCGUCCAGCGACUGCGGCCCGCUGACCAAAGCCCCGCCCGCCUCCUCGCUCAUCAGCAGCUCCAAACAGACGCUGGCGCACGGGGCCUUCAGCCGCGUCAAGAGCAAAGAGCUGGACAUCAUACAGGUGAUCCCGCAGUACUCCAUCAUGCCCGACUCCAGCCAGUCGAAUGUGGUGGUGGAGCCCAGCGGCUUCCUGGAGAUCAGCGACUACACCAGCCAGCGCCUGGACGAGGAGGCCGCCAUGGAACAGGAAGUGGACAGCAGCAAUGACGAGGGGGCGGCGGCCAGCCCCACGGCCGACCAAUCGCAGUGAAGCUGCAGCCGAUUACGACUGGAAGAGGAAGUUGUGCUGUAUAGAGAAACAUUGAGUGAGUUUGUGCUGUAGAGCGAAGCAGCGAGGACAAUGUUUGUGUUGACUUCUACUUAAUUUAUAGUUUUAAGUAGAGCUGAUGGACUGGAACCAUUAAGACUCUGAUUGGUGUAAAUAGCGUUACUCAUGUGACUCCAUCUCGUGCUCUCUCUCCAUGUACCGUAAGCAUUUUAACUCCAUAAACUUUACUACAAAACCCGCCGUGCCUCUGUGUUAUUGUGCGCGUGUUUGCACAGGUGAAGCUCUCGGGUUACUCGGCGCUGUCAUUGGGCGUGGCGACAGGUGCGUUCACAAAUCACACGCCCACCUGACAUUGAGCUUCAGAUGUGCGGAAAGUACCAGUGUCAUUAUACCGGCGACUUCCUUUAUUGUGAUGGAAACAAACGAGCGUGUGGGUGUGAUCGUGGGGCGAGGGGGUUUUGUGCACGCGCCGUGAUUCUGGGUGGAUUCCAGCUGUAACCGUGAGCUGGAUGUCAUUCUCUCAGCCGGGACUUUCCUGCUUUUCCGCUGGGAUCGAGGAGUCUUCCGCCGGGAUUCAUUCAUUCAUGUUCCCAGCGUUUGCCCUCUUCUCCUCCAUGCCGAGUCGCUUCGCUUCUCAGAAAAGCGGCCUUUAUGUAACAGCUCAUUACACUACAGUAAUUGUUUUUCCCAGAAGUAAUUGGCGAGUUGUGUAAUGUGUUUGUUUGUUCCGGGCGGAGCGAGGGUUUGAGUCUCCAUGUGACCUGGAUCGCUGAAGUGUCGUUCAUGGCGAGGACGAGAACAGUUGUUUUAGAGAACAGCAGUUGCAUCACAGCAUUAAUGAGGAACGAGAACGCUGGAAUCACUUCAGAGCGAUUGAUGAACCAUACAAACACUGACGGCCAAUCAGAAUCCGUCCUGCAUAUAAAGCGACAGAUGACAAAACUGAGAACAGAUCAUCUGUGACGCUGAUAUAGUUAUUAAUAUAGUUAUAUUACCAUUUGUAUUAAAUCAUAAAUCCAGAAAUAUUAAAGAGCACAACACAGAAUUUCUGGAAAAAUAAAGCAUUUAAUAGGGCCCUAUUAUUGUAGAACAAUUACAGUAAUUUAAUAAUUAAUGUAGUUUUUGACUUUUUUUAUUAUUAUUAUUAAAAUUUAAUUAAACCCUUAAAAUAGUAUCCAGAAAAAUUAAAAUUUAAAAUAUGGAAUAAAUGUGUAUUUAUUUAAUAAAUUGUUGUUAAAUUGUAUACGUUUCUCGAUUUCAGUUAAUUGCACAUGCUUUUUGAUUACUAACAUUUAAUUUAAUCAUUAAAUCUGAUAUAAUUCUCAUUCUUGAUGUUAACGAGCCUUAAUGACUGACAGAAUCAGCUUUAAAGUUCACAUUAAUCACAUCAUUAGCAUUAUUAAAUAAUUAAAGAUUGUUCUGCAUGUUUAUUUUGAUUAAAUUAUCAGUAUAUUCUUAUAAUAAUAAUGACAAUCAUUCUUACUGUUUAUUGUUUGUUUAUUGUUUAUUUUUAACUAAAACUAAAAUAAAUGUUACUUAAAAUAAUGUAUUUUGUUUAAUGUAGUUGCGAAGUCAACAUUUCUCUUUUUCAUUUAGAUUAAUUUGACUAAACUGAACUAAAACUGAAAUAAAAAUGAAUAAAAAACAAAUAGACAUAUUUAAAAAUAAAUAAUACAAAUGACAAAAACAAAAUUAUAAACAUAUAUAUAUAUAUAUAUAGAUUGUGAGUAUUGCUCAUGUUUAAUAACAGGGAGAAGCCUGUUCGAGUGUAUAAUGACAGUAAAGAUAAUUCUAUUCUAAUAGAAUCUCAGUGGCUGAACACUGAAUAUUUAAUGUGCUUUAAUUGGUCAUGACGUCAUCAGCACAAGUUCCCCUCUGACCUCAUCUGUUGUGUUUGGUGUUUAAGGCCUAUAAAUAAGGCCUUUAAUUGUGUUCAAUGCAAAUAGCGUCUGGGAUCCACCACACCGAGGACUUUCAGUUUCAUCUUCAGCUGAUCUGACACUUGGAAAACCCCUGAAGAUGACCUUCAUCGGCCUUUAAAGUGCUGCUAAUUAUAGCUGGCGUCUGAAGGGGAAGCUCAGGGUUUGAAGAAGUCGUAAAGGUGACAAUCUUCCAGCGGUGUCUGAUGAGGACUGAUGCGGGACCCGUCCCGAGUCACAUUGAGAUGAACGUGUGACCUGAGCGUGAGCUGUGUGACAUGUAGUUCAAUAAAGAUCAUUCUGAAAGCAGAAGGAAACACCCCUGAACGAGUUCAAGCAGGUUCAGCAAUCAGAAUGGCUCAUGAAAGAGUUUGCAGCGCUUGAUCAGAUCCAUGUGUCUCCAUCGCCGCUCUUACGCCACCCGCUCCACCGGUUUAUGAGAGUGUGUGAAUGAUUCCCUCGUCCAGCUGGAGUCCGUCUCGGGCCUCACGAGUGUUUGCUUUGGACGCUCUGAGUUUAUUUGCUCGACGGUCAUAUUUAUAUUCCUCCUGAAAGAAUCUCCACACGCACUGAGGUGCAGAUCUGUGGCGCGUGACGCUGAUAUUUGCCCUUCGGCUGUCGUGAGGAAAUUAAACAGCUGUAAGUUUGUUGUUUUGCUUGUAGAUUUAACACACAAAAAUAUGUUCCAAGAGCGCUUUGCUCCCAUUAAAGGAUUAGAAUUUACUCUCCUCCAUGUCAUCCAAGAUGUUCAUGUCUUUCUUCUUCAGUUGAAAAGAAAUGAAGGAAAACAUUCCAGGAUUUUUCUCCAUAUAGUGGACUUCACUGGGGUUCAAAGGGUUGAAGGUCCAAAUGUCAGUUUCAGUGCAGCUUCAAAGAGCUGAAUAAGAGUCUUAUCUAGAGAAACCAUCUGACAUUUUCUAAAAAAAAAUAGAAUUUAUAUACUUUUUAACCACAAAUGCUCGUCUUGCACUGCUCUGUGAUGCUCCACGCAUUACAUAAUCACGUUGGAAAGAUCACGCAUGACGUAGGUGGAAGUACCGAUCCAGUGUUUAUAGAGUGAACGUCAAAGACUAACUCAAACAACCUUUACAAAAAGACAUAAAACAAUGAUAUCAGAUUUUGAAGUUGGAGGAGAAAAUUAGAUGGAGUUUUUCGCUCUACCGCGGUACUUCCGCCUACAUCACGCGUGACCUUUCCAACAUGAUUACGUCAUGCGUGGCGCAUCGCAGAGCAGUGCAAGACGAGCAUUUGUGGUUAAAAAGUAUAUAAUUUUUAUUGAAAGAUUUUACAGUGUAUGGAAACCGUCUUGAAUUGUUCACACAUCAUAUUAUGUAAUCUGCGUUUAUGACAGAACUGCACAGAUGCAGAUAUCAAAACAUCUUAUCAAACAGGCUAAAGCCAUCUUAAGAUGGGUCUAGUGACUGGAUAAAUCAAACGUGAACUUUUGGAGUAGAGAAACUGAAAUCGUAUGUGAACGUCAGUGCGUUUGGCAUCUAUAAUCUGGUUUUCAGCAGAAUCCGCACUGAAUGUGGCGUCACUCCUCUUGAGCGUUGGAUCUGGCUGUGUUCAGUCUUCACAGGAGUCGUGACCGUGAGCUGGACCGUCACACAGGUGCGUGUUUUCAUUCAUUCACUCCUUCUCUGUAGUUUCUCCCAUUGUCACUUGUUUCUUGUUUCGUUUGCAGCUCCGAGAUUCACGUGAUUCAGUCGGAUCGUGCCGUCCGGACUCAGCGUACAGCUCCGCAGCGCUCCGGUGUCAAAGUAUCAUUUCUGUCUUCACUAAAUAUUAUAAUGAAUUACAAUAAAUAAGUGAGCAGCAGAAAACAAAAUCCAUGUUCUUCAGAAUAGUGUAGAGAACUGAACAGGACAACUUCAGUGAUUAUAAAAUGAGCGUUCUUUCGAUUUCUGCAUAAAUAGUUUUCUCAAACAGUAAAUGUAUGUUGUUGCUAAAAUGACCAAUGGUCAAAUACACUCUUCGAUGGUUCUGUGAAGAUAGAUAUAUCUAUAUAAUGUUGAUUUUUUUUUUUUUUUUUUUUUUUUUUUUUUUUGACUGUGAGCAUAAUGAACUCCAUGUAAACAUGAAAUUAAUUGAAUAUAAUUACCCAUCAGCCCCUCGAGCUCACAGCUUCUGCUUCAUCUCAUGACACUGAGGAAACUGAUGUCACCAUUACUAAAGAUGGAACAUUUAGAUCAGUGUUUCUCCAGGGAGCAGGUAACGGGAAAAGCUAAAAACCUGGAGCGGAUAUUCCUGAAAUUGAACUCCAAAGUACAGUAAAAUCCAAGGUACUUUCUGAAACACACCUAGGAUUUAUUACUUUGACUUAAUUGAAAGGGAAAACAAGAAUAUUUUUCUGACUCCAUUGACAGAUAUUUGUUCUUGUUUGAAGCACAAACUCACUUCAUUUUGAUGCAUUUUUCAUUAAACGAGUGUGCUGGAAAACAAGACAAACUCUGAGGAAGAACAUCAUGUUUUCCAGUGUGGCAUAAACAUUGGCUCCCUAAAAACACUUGAUAAUCUAAAACAAACACACACAGCGACAACAAACAGGUCUGAGAGCAGACGCUGGUCUUAUAUAAGCGGAUCGGUGUUCAGUAAGCCGAGCGCAGCUCUUUGUUCAUGUUUACAGAAUUGCAGUUUCAGGGCUGCGGGGUGAAGCAGACGCACAAAGCAGUGAAAUUCUGGAACGCCGCCGUGAGGAGCGUCUCUGAUGCGUCUAGUUUCCUUUAGCAUGACAUAGCGUGAUGAACACGGACAGCCAGAGGAAUGUGCUCGUGUCAUCCGUGUUGAGUUAUGAAGACAUGACUGAUAAACAUUCAGACCUGCAGACUGAACACAGAUCCUCGUGUGUGUGUGUGUGUGUGCUUGUUUUUGUGAUUUAUGAGGACACACAUUUGUAUAAUGACUUGGGUAUUACACUGGUAUUACGACGUAAUGUUCCUCAACGUCAAAUUGCAAAGGCUUUGCAAAUCUCAUCAUCUACAGAGCAUAACAUCAUCAAAAGAUUCAGAGAAACUGGAGAAAUCUCUGUGUGUAAGGGACAAGGCCGAAGACCUUUAUCGGAUGCUCGUGGUCUUCGGGCCCUCAGACGACACUGCAUCACUCAUCGGCAUGAUUGUGUCAAUGACAUUAUUAAAUGGGCCCAGUAAAACUUCCAGAAACCACUGUCGGUAAACACAAUCCGCCGUGCAAUCUGCAGAUGCCAACUAAAGCUCUAUCAUGCAGAAAGGAAGCCAUAUGUGAACAUGGUCCAGAAGCGCCGUCGUGUCCUGUGGGCCAAGGCUCAUUUAAAAUGGACUGUUUCAAAGUGGAAAAGUGUUCUAUGGUCAGACGAGUCCGAAUUUGACAUUCUUGUUAGAAAUCACAGACGCCGUGUCCUCCGGGCUAAAGAGGAGGGAGACCUUCCAGCAUCUCUGAUGGUAUGGAGGUGCAUAAGUGCAUACGGUAUGGGCAGCUUGCAUGUUUUGGAAGGCACUAUGAAUGCUGAAAGGUAUAUAAAGGUUUUAGAGCAACGUAUGCUCCCCUCCAGACGACGUCUAUUUCAGGGAAGACCUUGUGUAUUCCAGCAGGACAAUGCAAAACCACAUACUGCAGCUAUUACAACAGCAUGGCUUCGUCGUAGAAGAGUCCGGCUGCUGAAUUGGCCUGCCUGCAGUCCAGAUCUUUCACCUAUAGAGAAAAAUACGUCAAAGAUGACCACAAACUCUUCAGCAGCUGGAAACCUAUAUCAGGCAAGAAUGGGACCAAAUUCCAACACCAAAACUCCAGAAACUCAUAAUCUCGAUGCCCAGACGUCUUCACACUGUUUUGAAAAGAAAAGGAGAUGCUACACCAUGGUAAACAUGCCCCCGUCCCAACUAUUUUGAGACCUGUAGCAGGCAUCAAAUUUGAAAUGAGCUCAUUUUGUGCAUAAAAGUGUAAAAUUUCUCAGUUUAAACAUUUGCUAUGUUAUCCAUGUUCUAUUGUGAAUAAAAUAUUGGCUCAUGUGA